ACCGGUUUUGCUAUAUAGUGAUCUAAGGUCACUAUUUACCGGCGUGUGUUGAUUCUGUCAUAUUCCGAGUGUGACCUGUGUUGUCUUCUGGAAUUUUCCGUGCAAUUUGCCAAAUGUUUGCGCUUAGAAGACCCCUAUUUUCAAGUCGUUUUUUCUCUUCUGUAGCGAAAAACAUGGAAAAACACUGCGUCGUUCCAGACGUAGUUGAUGUGGCACCGGAAGUAGUUGCCGAGGUGUCCUACCCCAGUGGAGUCAAGGUUGACCUUGGUAAUGAGUUGACACCGACGCAAGUGAAGGAUAUACCGUCUGUGAAAUGGAACGCAGAUAAUAACGCCGUCUACACCCUUUGCAUGACUGACCCAGAUGCCCCCAGCCGCCAGGACCCCAAGUUCCGAGAAUGGCACCACUGGCUAGUCGGGAACAUUCCUGGUGGCAACGUUGACCAAGGCGAGAUCCUUUCCGCUUACGUUGGUUCAGGGCCCCCGAAGGGUACAGGGUUGCAUCGCUACGUCUUCCUGAUUUACAAGCAAAAUGGCAAGAUUAACUUUGACGAGAAGCGUUUGCCUAACAAUUCUGGAGAUGGUCGUGGCGGUUUCUCUAUCAGAAAAUUCGCUGAGAAAUACAAGCUAGGGCAGCCGAUUGCUGGUAAUCUGUACCAAGCUCAAUGGGAUGACUAUGUCCCUCUUUUGUACAAACAAUUGGGAGGUUAAACUUGCGUAUAGACUGAUGUUUCCAUGUUUUUGAUUUGAUGUUUUGUUCAAUUUUGAGUUUUCCGAAUAAAUUUCUUCGUUCUAGAA